UCGACUAUCAAUUGUAUCUCUGAUGGGGGGGAGAACUCUUAGUAAACAAAACAGUUCUCCCUGUCAGCUCCAGCACACUGCUUUGCAUGGCAACACAGCCAUGCAAAGCAGGGUGCUUACAGUGGAGCACAAACACAGAACAUCGCAGUUAACCCUUUGAUCACCCCAGAUGUUAACUCUUUCAUGCCCAGUGCCAUUAGUACAGUGUCAGUGCUUUUUAUUAGCACUGAUCACUGUAUUGGUGUCACUGGGGAUGUCAGUGACACCAAGUCAGUUCCCCCCAGUGUCAGAAUGCCCGCCACAGUCCUGUUAUAAGGCGCUG